AAAAAAAUGUUCAAAACAAUGUUGCAAAAAUUUUAUGAGAUCAAUCUUUUGCAUAACUUUGUGCGCUUCAUGUUGUAAAUGUUGUAAAAGAAAACCUGUGGAAGUUCCUGAAAGAAAAGAUUCUGUUAUUAGUAAGAAGAAAAGUUUGACCCCAACCACUGCUCCACCACCGGAGGAGGUCAAACCAAAAAUCGAUAUAAGCUUGGUUGAACAUUCUUCUCAUAUGAAAGGAGCUAUACCUAUACUUCCAAUUUGUUUAGCUUGGUUUUGUCUAAUUUUGAAUUGUAUUGCUCCAGGAACAGGAACUGUUAUAAGUGGACUGCUUUGUCUCUGCAUUGGAAUACCAAGAUUCUCCCAAAAAGAUGGAGCAAGACCAAGGAUUGGAGCUUUCAUAAUAGAUUUAAUCAUUGGAUUCAGUCAAUUUUUUACCGUCCUCUUCUGUCUUGUUGGAUGGGGAUGGUCUAUAUGGUGGGGCAUAAUAAUGAUAAAAAUUGCCAGAAAACACAAAAGAUUUAAGCAACUCGAAGCAAUAGAACAGGCAAGUUCAUUACCUGGUACCAAUCCUAAUCCAAGACAAAGGGACCCAGAAAGACGAUAGUCGAAAAAAUCAUUUCUUUUUUAAAUUUUUAUAAUAAUAAAUGUAUAAAAGAAAUUAGAUGAACGAACACAUUGUCUUCGUAUUGUAACAAAAUCUUCCAAGUAAAGCAGGGAUAGAAGUUGGAAAGGCUUUUGAUAGGUAGAGAGGUGGUAAACGUCAAACCCCGAGCGGUAAUGUUUGUUCACCAUAGAAUAAACAUAAUACCAAAUUUUUUAAAUUAUUACCGGCGGGAUUGGCUUUAAAUAAUUAUUUAAAUUAGUAUUAAUAUCCCAAAUCAUAAUUCUAUAAAAUUUCAAUAGCUAUUCACAAUUUAUGAAAUUACGUAAAAUUUUUAUUAGCAUCUAUAAAAUAAUUUUAUACGCCACUGUUACGCGUUCAUUUCGGUUAGCUCCGCGUCAAAACAGAACUGUCAAAUUCUGUGUAUGACGUGAGAGAUUUGGCAAAAGCCUUUCUAAUUUCUAUCCCUGCUAUAGUCUUAGUUGUUUAUGACAAAAUUAUUUUUUGUCGUAGUUUACUAAAUUGUAUCUUUGAUUUGGACAGCUGUAGUAAACUGGGUACUAGCCUACCUGCUUUUCUAAUUCUGCAAGUAAUCUAGGCACCAGCCAAAAAUGUACCUGCAAAGGUAUAUGUAAAUUGGGCACCGUACUAAUUUAAAUAAAUAAAAUCAGUAUGAUCAAAAUAAUGUAUUAAAAUGUAAUGUAGCUUAAAACAUUUUAAACAGUGCACAAAAAUUAAAUAUAAAACAAAAUAAAAAUGAGAAGUACAUUCAAUCAGAAAAUUUAGAUAAAAAAAGCUAAAUUAUAUUACUCUGGCUAACAAAAUGAUACACACUUCACAAAGUGUAACCCAGACAUUGUUCC